AUGGGAGGCUCACCAACAAAGGGAGUUGAUAUCCCAAUCUCGGGCGUCUUCAUGCUCCUCUUCGCCUGCGCCGCCGCCAUCAACAUGACCAUCUUCCAAAUCAACCGCCGCCGGAACCACAAGUUCAUCAUCUCCGCCGUCACCUUCGGCUUCUGCAUGGCCCGCAUCAUGGCCAACGUCCUGCGAAUCGUCUGGGCCUGCUACCCCACCAACGCCCGGAUCGCCAUCGCCGCAAGCGUCUUCGCAAACGCGGGCGUCCUCCUCCUCUACAUCGUCAACAUCAUCUUCUUCCAGCGCAUACUCCGGGCCCUGCACCCCAACUUCGGCUGGCGCCAGCCCGUCCGCCUGGCCUUCCGCUUCCUCUACUUUGGCGUCUUCGCAUGCCUCGUCAUGGUCAUCACCGCCGUCGUCUACAGCUUCUACACCCUCGACACCUCCGUCCUGAGCAAGAUUCGCGACGUCCGCCUCGUCGCCAGCGUCUACAUCGCCGUCCUCUCGUUCAUCCCCAUCCCCGGCAUUCUCCUUUGUCUCCUGUUCCCCCGCCGCCACCCCACCGACCACUUUGGCCAUGGCUCCAUGAACACCAAGAUCAUCCUCGUUCUCUUCACCACCACUCUCCUGGCCCUCGGCGCCUCGUUCCGUGCCGGUGUUGCGUUCCUUCCCGUGCGACCAACCACCGACCCCGGCUGGUUCAACCACAAGGCCGUCUUCUACUGCUUCAGCUAUGUCAUUGAGCUGAUUGUUGUCUACACUUAUGCCUUGAUGCGAAUGGACAAGCGAUUCCACAUUCCAAACGGCAGCAGUGCUCCUUGGCACUACUCAAACGGUGUGCCUAAUGACACGGACGAUACCAACGAGAAGGGCGCAAAUGAAGAACCAAUCCUCGAUGAGGAGGCACAGAGGACCAAGUAA